CCUUCUCCCCCCCUCUCCCUGGACCUCAUGCUGGGCCAUCACCUUUCUUACACCAGUACAUUCAUUUUAAAUCCUCGAGGGAGAAUCACCUGUCGUUCUACUCCUCACCAGCAGAGGAAACCAAAACAACUACCAUCUUGAAGUCUGGCCAACUUACGUUCUGUUUCGCUCCACUGCGGUGAGGAUGGUGUGGAUCAGCCUACGGAUUCCUGCUAAUGAGGAACAAGGAGAAUCAUAGCAGAUUGGAAUGUAUAGUUAAAAUAGUAUUUAACCCCAGUGUAGUGUACAACCCCAGUGUAGUGUAUAAUACCUCCAGUGUAGUGUAUAAUAACUCCAGUGUAGUGUAUAACUCCAGUGUAGUGUAUAAUAACUCCAGUGUAGUGUAUAACUCCAGUGUAGUGUACAACCCCAGUGUAGUGUAUAAUACCUCCAGUGUAGUGUACAACUCCAGUGUAGUGUACAAUAACUCCAGUGUAGUGUAUAACUCCAGUGUAGUAUAUAAUAACUCCAGUGUAGUGUAUAACUUCAGUGUAGUGUACAACUCCAGUGUAGUGUACAACUCCAGUGUAGUGUACAAUAACUCCAGUGUAGUGUAUAACUCCAGUGUAGUAUAUAAUAACUCCAGUGUAGUGUAUAACUCCAGUGUAGUGUAUAACUCCAGUGUAGUGUAUAACUCCAGUGUAGUAUGUAACUCCAGUAAAGUGUAUAACUCCAGUGUAGUGUAUAAUAACUCCAGUGUAGUGUAUAACUCCAGUGUGGUGUAUAACUCCAGUGUGGUGUAUAAUAACUCCAGUAUACUAUAUAACUCCAGUGUAGUGUAUAACUCCAGUGUAGUGUAUAAUAACUCUAGUGUAGUGUAUAAUAACUCCAGUGUAGUGUAUAAUAACUCCAGUGUAGUGUAUAAUAACUCCAGUGUAGUGUAUAACUCCAGUGUGGUGUAUAAUAACUCCAGUAUACUAUAUAACUCCAGUGUAGUGUAUAACUCCAGUGUAGUGUAUAAUAACUCUAGUGUAGUGUAUAAUAACUCCAGUGUAGUGUAUAAUAACGCCAGUAUACUAUAUAACUCCAGUGUAGUGUAUAACUCCAGUGUAGUGUAUAACUCCAGUGUAUUGUAUAAUAACUCCAGUGUAGUGUAUAACUCCAGUGUAGUGUAUAACUCCAGUGUAGUGUAUAAUAACUCCAGUGUGGUGUAUAAUAACUCCAGUGUAGUGUAUAAUAACUCCAGUGUAGUAUAUAAUAACUCCAGUGUGGUGUAUAAUAACUCCAGUGUGGUGUAUAAUAACUCCAGUGUAGUGUAUAAUAACUCCAGUGUAGUAUAUAAUAACUCCAGUGUGGUGUAUAACUCCAGUGUAGUGUAUAAAUCCAGUGUAGUGUAUAACUCCAGUGUAGUGUAUAACUCCAGUGUAGUAUAUAACCCCAGUGUAGUAUAUAACUUCAGUGUAGUGUAUAACUCCAGUGUAGUGUAUAAUAACUCCAGUGUAGUGUAUAAUAACUCCAGUGUAGUGUAUAAUAACUCCAGUGUAGUGUAUAACUCCAGUGUAGUAUAUAAUAACUCCAGUGUAGUGUAUAAUAACUCCAGUGUAGUGUAUAACUCCAGUGUAGUGUAUAACUCCAGUGUAUUGUAUAACUCCAGUGUAGUAUAUAACCCCAGUGUAGUAUAUAACUUCAGUGUAGUGUAUAACUCCAGUGUGGUGUAUAAUAACUCCAGUGUAGUGUAUAACUCCAGUGUAGUGUAUAACUCCAGUGUAGUGUAUAAUAACUCCAGUGUAGUAUAUAACUUCAGUGUAGUGUAUAAUAACUCCAGUGUAGUAUAUAAUAACUCCAGUGUAGUAUAUAACUUCAGUGUAGUGUAUAACUCCAGUGUAGUGUAUAAUAACUCCAGUGUAGUGUAUAAUAACUCCAGUGUGGUGUAUAAUAACUCCAGUGUAGUGUAUAACUCCAGUGUAGUGUAUAACUCCAGUGUAGUGUAUAACUCCAGUGUAGUGUAUAAUAACUCCAGUGUAGUAUAUAAUAACUCCAGUGUAGUGUAUAACUCCAGCGUAGUAUAUAACUUCAGUGUAGUGUAUAACUCCAGUGUAGUGUAUAACUCCAGUGUAGUGUAUAACUCCAGUGUAGUGUAUAACUCCAGUGUAGUAUAUAAUAACUCCAGUGUAGUAUAUAAUAACUCCAGUGUAGUGUAUAACUCCAGUGUAGUAUAUAAUAACUCCAGUGUAGUUUAUAAUAACUCCAGUGUAGUGUAUAACUCCAGUGUAGUACAUAAUAACUCCAGUGUAGUUUAUAAUAACUCCAGUGUAUUGUAUAAUAACUCCAGUGUAGUGUAUAACUCCAGUGUAGUGUAUAACUCCAGCCCAGUCUGCUGAUAUCGGGUCAUGUUAUCUUCCAUUUUAGUUUUUACUUUCAGGUUGAACAUUAUCGAGAUUAUAUAAAACGGCAUUGUUGGUUGAGGGCUUGUAAGUAAGCAUUUCACGGUAAGAUCUACACCUGUUGUAUUCGGCGCAUGUGACUAAUAAAAUUUGAU